UACUGCUCUGGGUAGAGGAGAGGACAUUGACACACGCACAUACACAUAGACAGUGUAGCAAGGAAGAAUCCUCAAAUAGACAUCCACAUAAUUUAUAAACAUUUCUGAGCAUAACUGGACUAAGAGGACGGAAGCAGAGAUUUUAUUUUUCACGCAGAUUGCGGGGAGUUAUAUAAUUUCAGCACCUGUGAAAGGAGAGACUAUUUGAAACAAACAUCAACAGUUGAGAAAAGUUCCACUCUUAGAUUGUCAUCAUGAAGUUACAUGUGGCACAAUUUUUUGCUGUGCUUUUUGGUGCCUUGGCAACUCUGUUCAUUCUCUUGUCAUUUAAAACGAACUAUUGGCUCUUGGCGUCAGAGGCCUGCAAGCCACUUUCAGAUGGACCGGGUACUUUGAAGCAAAAUGAUGUUUUGGUUAAGAACAUUACCUUUUCCCAUGAAGGAUUCAUGAGGCGCUGUACCUUUAAUGACGAAAUGAAGGACAACAACCUGUGGAAGUUUUGGUUAGAAAAGGAAGGUAUGCAUGUAAAGGUAUGCACACCUGCGUAUCUUCUUCCCUUUCCAAUCCCUGAAGAGACCUACAACACCACCAGCUAUACGUCCGCCAUAAUCUACAGAGGCUUCUGGAGUGUCUCAGUGUUGAUGGGUGUGGCCGCUGUGGUUUUGGGAGGUUUCAUUAACAUUUGUGCUGCUCCAUUUGCUCGUCAUUGCCUUUAUAAAACAGGGGGUGCCCUCUACCUCAUUUCUGGUUUUUUCCUUCUUGUUGCAACUGUGAUGUAUGUUAUUUGGGUAGAGAUUUUGGAUGUAAUGAGCUUGUAUGUGGAUUAUCAAAAGUCAAAUAGGUGCUCAGACUUUGAGCUCAAUUGGAGUUAUGGCCUCUCUUUCAUGUUUGCUCCUGUGGGUGUGUUCUUCUGUCUACUGUCUGGUCUUCUCUUCCUUGUGAUUGGUCGUACAGUCCAACAUAAUUACCUCUGAAUCCAAUGAUGACAUUUGUAAUUGAAAACAGAGGAAUUAAUUUUAUCUUCAAAAUACAUGUCUGGCGUUGAAAGAAAACAGGUUUGGCCCCUUUGCAGUUUAUGAUCUUUAAACCCUGAAGUUGCAUUAGCUUUAUCACAGGUUGGGGUUAAGAUAUUAUAGUUUGAUUUGAAUUUGCCUUCGAAUUCUGCACAUCUUGCUUCAGUAUGUUGCCAUUCUGUGUACUGUGAGCAGUACUGAAAACAUGGAUCAUGGAUGGUUUGGGAUCACCUUAUGUAUGCGUGAGUCUUUGUGUGAGUGUAAUACUGCACAUAGCAUUACAAAUAUGUCUAUUAUGAACUGCUGCCUUUUAUAUAAUGCCUGGAUUAAAAACAAAACAAAAUGGAACAUGUGCUAAAGGUAGACUUCAUUGUGCUUGCUUGAACUUUGUUAAAUAUAACUUACAUGUUUACCCCUUUGUGUUUUGAUUAGGGAUGUCCUGAUACCGAUACUGGUAUCGGAAUCAGGUCUGAUAUUGCGCUUUUGUAGUUGUACUCAUGUUCCUAAAAUGCUCUGAUCCAAAAAAACUUUACCAUCUGAUGUACGGAUGUCAUUGCGUAAACAUUAAGCUCACAAAUUAAAACCACAUGUCCUAGUGUGAUUGUUAAACCACAAAGGCUGUGAUUUAAUGAGAUAAAUAUAUAGUUUGUAUGUGCUGAACACUUCAAAGUGAAUGUGUGAAGCCGGCUGUUCAGACACAGAAAACCACAGAAAUACAUCACUGCUGUAUAGCUAUGUAAUAUUCAGUGUUUGAAAUUAACACCCGCCAACCCGGCCGUGAUGGGUAACUCUCUUACUAGCCACUUUGGCAGGUGAAGUUUUUCAGGGUUUUUCCUGCAUUGAAAAUUCUGUGAAUGUCGGGCGACUUGGAGCUGCUGCCGAAGGAAAUGUAAUGGUAUUCCUCUCAUAACUUUCACGCACAUCUGUACAGGGGGAAUGAAGCGUGCUUUUGUGUGCACCACCGCAGCGCACACCAGCGCACUCUAGAGAUAAGAUCGCCAAAGCUCUGAAACAGCCAAUGUUGCCACCCGUCCCUUAAAAUAUAGGAUCGUCCCGUUUUUAAAGAUGAAAAGUAUUUGUCCCGUAUUUUAAGCUGGUCAGAUGGCGUCACGGUGAAAUUGUUCAAGAUCGUAAUUUAACCUCUUUGUAAAUGUUGCCUAAUGCAUCUAAAAAACCCACGCAUAUUGCUGAUACGUCCUAAUACUGUCGCGGGUUUGAUAAGGGACUGUCUGAAAAGUCCACAAAAGUGACAACUGCCAUCGCAACAACAUCUAUUAGACUUUAUUUUUAUUUGGCUUCAACUGUGAAAGUUGUAAUUAAACAUUUCUAAAGGUUUUAGGCUAUUAGCUUUUUCAUAACAAACACUACAGUUUAUUUUUUUUUUUAGAAAAGACUGUCAAUAUUAACCUAACCACAGUAAUGUGAAGCCACCCUUGGUCCUGCCCAAUGGCUUUGUCAUGACAAAUGCCACUGUUAAACAAUGUAGAAUAAUAGUAAACUUUCAUAGGCAAGUGCAAUUUGAAGGGGUUGAAACUUCCAUGAAUUAUGGAAAAUUAUUGACAAAUUUUCCUCAUGUUCUAUCUGUUCUAACUGGUGUUUGCCUUUGGAUAUUUUAUAGGUUACUUAAACCAUUAGGCCUGUGUCCUGCUGAACUCACAUCAUUCUUGUUUAAAUAAAAUGUCCAAACAAAUGCAUGCAGUUACAGUCUCCAGUUACCUUGAUCACUUUUUGCGAGGUGGGGGAUUUUGGCUAUUGAAAAAGCUGAGUGGCUAGUGACCCUGGAAAACGACUAGCCACAGUGGCCGGUGAGCCAAAAAGUUAAUUUCAAACCCUGAUAAUAUUCAGUGUAAUACUGCUACUACUACUACUACUACUACUACUACUACUAAUAAAUCAAUAAUAACUAUAUGAUAUUGCUGUGAGGUUCUGUAUAAAAUCAUAUAAUUUAAUAAAAAAUAAUACAAUAUUAUGUUGAAAGUAAAAGUGUUCUAUUUUCAUUUGAUUAAAGUUGUAAUUAAUGUAUUUAUUUAGAAACCAUUUUGAUCAAAUUUAAAUAAACUGUUGUUGAAUUUGAAAAUAAAACAAAGAAACAGUAUACGGCAUGUGUAUCGACAAGGAAGUAUCAGUACUCGUACUCAUUCUCUUCAAAAAAUUUUGAAAAAAGUUUUGAUAGUUCAUUUAUAGACUAAAGUCUUUUUUUUCACAGUUUUUAUUUGAUCUACAUAGUUCGACUUAAUCAUUGUAGAUUGAAAUAUCCAGAUAACCUGAAACAUUUACGUUUUGUUUGCACAGUUUGUUGAUACAGCACAGGUUUGGGUGAAUCUCAUGAAAUAUGUCUUAAACAGGGUAACAUUCCACCUCAAAAUUAAUAGAAAUAAGAAAAUAUGCCUUACUUAAAGACAAUGAAACCUAUUUUAGGACCCUUAUUUUGCAUUGUGAAAUGCAAAAAUUAUGAAAUAAUAAAUAGUAAAAUAAUAAUGAUAUUUUAUUUAAAGGUAUACUCCGUAAUAUUUUCCCCAUUAAAAAGUUGUGCUCCUUUAGAAAUUAAUUGUAAUUUUAAAAAAUAUGUAUAAAAUCAUAACCACUCACAUGAGAUGAAGUCUGUGUAAAUCUACAUGAAGAGGGUCCCCUCAUGGGGGCUGCCAUGUUAACAUCGCAUGACUGGCCAAAUACUACUCACUUAAUCACAGAAACCCUCCCGUUAUUGGACACUCACUCAUGGAUUAAAUAAAGCGUGGCUGACUGUGAAUAGUGAAUUUCUACAAUGGCAUUGGUAAAUUGACUCAAAAGUGAAAAGUCUGGUUGCAUUUUGGUCAUGAGAAUUUGGGGGGCUUAAAUGGGUUUAAGUGUCAUGAAAAUAAAUUCACAAUGCAUAUGCAAAAUAAUCUUCUUCUGAUUAUGGUGUAAUGUAGCCCAGACAUGUUUUUGAGAGAUUCACCAUUUGUAAAUAAUAUAAUAUCACUGUUGUGUAAAAUUGACA